UUGCUGAACAAUCCUACUGCAACCACUGGCGACCUUGAUGUACAAUUGACUGCUGUUCAGCUUGAGCUGAUCAAGGAAGCCAACUCACCACCACCUCCAAAAGAUGCACACGGUUUGCUCGAGUCGUAA